UAGGGGCGUUUUUCUUUUUUAGUUCAGAGCAGAGCUCGAACUGUCAAAAAAAUAAUUGUGUUUCUUUUUGAGCUCUGAGCGUUCAGAGCUUCAAAUGCGUGUUUCUUUUUUAGUUCUGAACAUGUUCAGAGCGCGCUCUGUGAGCUCAGAAUAAAAUAACAGAGUAAACGGAGUAAAAUGCUGAGCACAAACAAUUUGACAUCUGAAAGCCGGGAAAUAAAAAAAAAUCAUCAUCAAAACAAUAAAAAUGGCGGAAGAGGCUGGUUGCUCUGGUGUAGAAGGCGUCAAAUGGACCAACGAUAUGACAGUUUUUCUGAUUAAUUUGAUUAAGGAGAAUUUUGAACGCCUUCAAACUAACAUAAAAAAAACUGUAUACCAAAAAAUUGCCGAACGAAUUAAGGAAGAAUUCAAUAUAAAAAUAACAUUUGAGCAGGUCGACUCCAAAUGGAAAGGCCUAAAGCGGCAGUAUAAAAAAAUAAAAGAAGAAAACGACACAACAGGAAACAUGAGGAAGUAUUGGGUGCAUUUUGAUUUAAUGCACGACAUACUUUUUCGAGUACCCGAAAUCCAUCCGCCGGCUGUAAUUUGUUCGGAAGAUUCUGACGUUCAAGUGGCAGAACACUUUGUAAUAGAAGACCCAGAAACUUCCAGGACUAAUUAUAGCAACAGGAAGAGGAAGAAUAAUAAAGUCGAGGAUAUGAUAGAAAAACGGCAUCGAGAGAGGAUGGAAGUCUCGAAUAGGUUUUUAGACUUAUUUGAAAAAAUGAUUGAUAAAAUGUAGCAGUUGUCCUUUUCUUAUCCUUUUCUUAACAUGUCAUGAAGUAUUUUAUUUAUUUUUUAAUUUUUUUU